AUGGCGCACCAUCUAGCGUUGUAAUCAGCAACUAGUGAGACAUAUUCGCCACUAUUCGACACGAGAAACAGAAAGCAUGGGAGACUUAGAGAGAUUUGAUGGCAUGCUAUUGAGCAUGGCUACUCAGUGCGAAGGAGGAGUUACGGAGUUGCUGGAUGUGAUAUUUAGCUUCCUGGCAAGAAAAACUGAUUUUUAUACUGGUGCAAGUAAAGGAACACCAGAACAGUUGAUUCUGGAUAAGUUCAGACACUUUGAAAAAGAAGCCCUGAAGAAAGCACAGAAGGAAAAAGAGGAUAGAGAAGAGUCUGAAAAGAGAAGAAAAGAGAGACUUGCCAAAAAGGCUGAGAAAGAAAGACUGGAACAAGAACAAUUAAAGGAGGAACCCAAAAUCAAAGAAAUCACAGAUGAAGAGGCAGAAAAAUUACAAAAAGAAAUUGAAAAGGAAAAGACAGGAAAUGAUGCAGAAGAAAAUGGAUCAGGGGAUGCAGAUGAAAAAGAAGAAACAAAGUCUGAUGAUGAAGAAGAUGAAAAAGACAAAGACAAGAUAAAGCCAAACUCCGGCAAUGGGGCAGACCUCCCAAAUUAUAAAUGGACACAAACACUGCAAGAUGUAGAGAUUAGAAUUCCAUUCAAAGUUCCAUUCCCAAUUAAAGGAAAAGACUGUGUAGUGGUUAUUGAGAAAAAGCACUUAAAAGUGGGUUUAAAAGGUCAUCCCCCUGUGAUAGAUGGUCCUAUGUACAAUGAUGUGAAGAAGGAAGAGUCCACAUGGUGCAUAGAAGACAAGAAAAUUAUCAUUCUAAAUUUGGAAAAGGUCAACCAGAUGGAGUGGUGGUCAAGAGUGGUCACCACAGACCCAGAAAUCAACACAAAGAAAGUGCAGCCAGAAAAUUCCAAGCUGUCUGACUUGGAUGGGGAAACGAGAUCACUGGUAGAAAAAAUGAUGUAUGAUCAAAGACAAAAAGAGAUGGGCUUACCAACAUCAGAUGAACAAAAGAAACAAGAUGUGUUGAGCAAAUUUAUGAAGCAGCAUCCAGAAAUGGAUUUCUCCAAGUGCAAGUUUUCAUAAAAAAUGAGAAUUGAAGAACAGCACACCAAAAGAAACAUUUACAAAUUCACAGCAUCAACAUUGUGGUUAAAGAUUUUGGAUGGAGUGACAUGGGAUGGUAUAAAUCCCAAAGAGAAAUUUCAUGUGAACAGACUUUUAAAAAUUGGACAAGACUUUAUUAAUUUUUCCGUAAAAGUAAUUUGUAAAAGAAAGAUAUUGCAAGCUUUAUCAAUAAAGAUGUGAAGUUUUGAUAGCGUUACUUAUUCUGUUUACCAGUAAAAAAAGUAAAAACCACAAAAGACUGGAUAUCAAUUUAUUCCUUAGAAGAUGAACAUCUUCAUGCUUUGUACAAAUUAAGCGCAGUUAAGUUUUCUAGUUGUGCCGAGAUAAAUUGCAACCUUUGAAGUUCUCAUGUUUUUUCAAGUGCCUUUGUUCUUGUAGUUAUGACCUCAAAACUGCAAACUGCUUCAGAAUUUAGUUACUAACUUACACAACUGCAAUUUUCUUUGAGUACAGACCUUUGUAAAUCACUUUAAAUAAAUACUUGUAAAAUCUGUGCAGAAUGUUUCCUUGUAAUACACAAUACAAAGUGCUAAAAUGCGUAAAGUUAUCAACUGUAAUUGCAACCGAUAUCUACAGCCACAGCAAAGUCUUUACAAGGUCCCUAAAUCGUACACCUAAUAAAGUUGUGGACAAAUCCAACAAAAUAUGCAACUCUGUGUAAGACUGAUUACUUGUAUGUAAAAGAACAUGUGCAUUCAAGAUGUUACAUGAUUCAAUUCAAUACAAAAACAAAACUAAUAAAAUAUAUUAAAUCAUCUUA